AUGACACGUGAGACCUAUUUUUCUUACGCUAUUUUAGGACUUCAAUGCAAGGAGACAGAAAUUGUGAGCCUCAACGAUACCGCCUCAAAUGUGACGUCAUGUCAUUGGGUCUACUGGGGAACGGGUCUCGAGUACCAACUUCUGGCCGGUCCUGCAUUCAUCGUGGUCGUGGGACUGAUGAGGAUCCCUCUCACCUUCGUCAUGGAGCACGGCCGCAUCAACGGACGGAACAUCCUGGUCGGCUGCGCCAUCGCCUGGAGCACGGCCACAUUGCUUACGGGGUUCGCUACCCAAGUUUGGCAUGUCUACGUUUGCCGUGUUCUGCUUGGUCUCUUUCAGGCCCCGUUCAGCCCCUUUUCCGUUGCCCUGGUAACAGCAUACUCCCCGCCGCAACUGCGUGGUCUAGCCAUGAGCAUCUUAAACAGCGGUAUCGCAAUAGGAUACGCCCUGGCCUACGGGUUAGGUUUCCUGAAGGAGGCGGCCGGCUGGCGGUGGGCCUACUGGGUUGCUGGCAGCCCAGGAGUGAUCGUCGCUAUCAUUAUGCUGUUCACCUUGCAGAAUCCCGACAAGCUCAUUCAGAAGCAGACUACUCAAUCGUUGAUCAAGAUGGGGCGGUGCGAGCAGCUCAUCUUCCAAAACUGGGCCACCAUCGUCCCCCUCAUCCUCGGGUCCGCCCUCCGCUUCGGGGCGACGUACAUCUUCAACUACAACAUCAACAACUACCUGUUGUACUAUUACCCUCACUUCCCCGUCCAUAACUACCUGAGCUGGACCCCGAUCCUGUCUGGUUUCGGCGGCAUACUCUUCGGUGGGAUUCUGAGUGAUGUCGCUCGGAGGAGAUACGGGGUGGAGGGCAGGAUGUGUAUACAGAUCGUGUUAUCCGUAAUCUGCGCCCCUGUCAUGACAUUGAUCUUCUUCCUCGAGCCCCCUGCCGUCUUCGCCGCCGCAGCCGUCGGGACCUCGAUUGCCGACGCGUGGACCGGAGGCACCGUCUCCACACUCACCGAGCUCAUCCCACCGGGUCUCCGGCCGUCCUUCUUCGCCGUCUACUACUGUCUCAUCAACACCGUCGGCGGGACGCUUAACAUCACCCUGCCGGCGCUGCGGCGGGCAAUGCACUUCCGGUAUGCUAUGAUCAUGGCGGUGAUAGGGCUGAUCUCGCUCGGGACCGUCCUCUUUACGUUGGGUUUCUUCGCGAUGGUGUGCUCCCGACGACGACGACGACGGUACCGCGGCGAUGAGAACGAGAACGAGAACGAGACGGAGGAUGAAAACUCCAAUGAAACCAUAACCCCUACACUGAAUUAAGGGUAUACAUGAUUAUACAAUCAAACUGGUCAUAUUUAAAGGUCACCUGUCUAUAGUGGUCACUUUGUGUUAUCACCCUCUAGAAAAAAAGAAAAAGAUUCAAAGAAUCUGUCUAGAAAGGCCACCUGAUUAUUAAUUCAUGUAUACCCAUACCCCUAAUAAAUGUGAGCGGUAAGACCUCUCUUUUAAGACCACCUGUCUAUAGUGGUCGAGUAACUCUAAAUUGUUUAAUUUUUCAAGAAAUACACAAUGUACGUGUUGUAUAAAUUAACCCCAUCUAUAAAUAACAAUAAUCUUUUAAUGGUCCACUCUAAAUUUUAUUUUUAUUAAAUUAAA